AUGCAUUACUUUUUAGUUUGAGAAUCAACAUUAGGCUAAGUUAGUAUGGUAUGGAGGUUGUAGUCAAAUUGAAUGCAUUGGUUAAGUUAACUUCUUAAAUGAAGAUUAGACUGGUAGAUUCUUUGGUGAAAAAGGUUACACUAUUGAUAAUAAUUCAUAUUUUGUCCAAGUGCAGUUAGUUUACAAUAGAUAAGAAUAAUAUAAUGAAUAUUGGUGCCCCUUAUUUUACAUUGGAGUCUUGAACUUACUUAGCACUGCACAAGAUCAAAAUUUAAGACUAUUUUCACCAACUACUUUAAUGGGAUCAGGAUUGAAAAUAUAUAUUGAAUGCAUUUCGUGA